AUGGAGAGGAUGCUCAUUCUAGCGUUGCUGACACAUGUAAGCAACAUUUCUGGUGGGGUUUCGAGGAGCAGCGACCAGCGACUGGGACGCCUGAAUCCACCUCUGGAUAUUGAGUUGAAGGCAGUGAACUGCACAGCUAUCGCUGUCACCUGGAGGAUACCAUGGCGACAUGUAAAUACUGCCAGUGGAUACGAGGUGACUUAUAUUGAGACGAAGAGUGGAGAUCCAGCAGGGGAAGCCAUGGUGCUGAAAAUCCCUCUUAGUCUUGAUAUUUUAGCUAAUACAACAGUGAUUGGAAAUCUGAGAAUGGCCACUCAGUAUGAUGUCACCAUAGGAACCUAUGGCUGGGCAGGGGAGGGUAGGCAUAGCGUGCCACGCAAUGUUAGCACUCUCUCCUACGAAAAGUGCCAAAGCCCCGCGCCUCCCUCACGGCCUAAGGUAACGACAGUUUCAGACACAGAAGUAGCUGUGACUUGGGAACCAGGUUUGUACGAGGGUAGCGCGCCUGUCCAGCACUUUCUUCUGUCUUAUAUCAGACCAGAGCUGGAGACUGAGUGGACUUCGGUGAAGAUUCCCGGUCAGACCAGCUCCAUCGUGCUCAGGGGACUGAGCCCGGAUAUGCUGUAUCAGUUUAUGGUCCGGUCUGUCAGUGCCUAUGGAAUAAGCCCACCCAGCAGCAGGUCUAGACCCGUUCGGACCCUCAGGGUGCAGGAAAUGGGCAGUGGAAGUUUUGACCAGCAGUAUCUCACAGACUCCCAGCUGACUGAUGCUGAGCUUAACGGCGAUAACUUCGAUUUUAACAGCUUCACAGAAGAGACAAAACAUUAUCCCGCCACUGAGGGAGUUUCCAGAAAAUCAGAGCUGAGAUCCUGGACCGGACGACCUGCUUCCCAGACGGACGCUGGAGGAGCUUCGUGCGGAACAAGUGGCCCCGCGGAGGAUCCGGCCACGGCGCCCGACGUUCCGGUGCCCGCCGUGCCCGGUUCCGUCGGCAGCGGCACAUCCGAAACGCCUCCCUCUGUCACCCCGUCCUCGUCAGCAGCAGUCUUCGCCGUGCCUUCCUCUGCCUCAGUGGGCCCUAGCAGGCCAGUGACUCAGUGGAGGGGUUCGGUCCGACAGCUGUACGACCUGCCGUGCGAGGACGCAGUGUGUCCGCCCAACAGUAUUUGCAUUGACGACUAUGGCAGCGGAGGGUCCCGCUGCCACUGCGCCCUGGGCAGGGGCGGAGACGCCUGCUCUGACGUUGUGACCGUGCGGUUUCCGAAACUCCAUGGCUAUUCCCACUUGGCGUUUGAACCUCUCAAAAACUCCUACCACUCCUUUGAGAUCAUGCUUGAGUUCAAGGCAGACGCUGAGGACGGGCUUCUGCUGUACUGUGGGGAGAAUGAACACGGAGAAGGGGACUUUGCCUCUCUGGCACUCAUACGUGGCCGACUCCACUUCAGGUAUAACUGUGGCACUGGGCCAGCACAGAUAGUGAGUGUCAGUCGGAUAACAUUGGGUCGAUGGCACAGGGUCACUGUGUCCAGGGAAGGCCUGAGUGGCUGGCUGAGAUUAGAUAACAACACUCCAGUUACUGGCCGCUCCCAGGGUCACUACAGCAAGAUCACCUUUCGCACUCCACUCUACGUGGGUGGCUCGCCGAAUGCUUAUUGGCUGGCCAAGGCAGCCGGGACCAACCGCGGUUUCCGUGGUUGCAUUCAAACCUUUAUUGUCAACGACAGGACGAUUGACAUGAGGUCGUGGCCAGCGGGUCGUGCCCUGAGCGGAGCAGACAUAGGUGAGUGCAGCGAUGGGGUUUGUGCAGAGGUCAGCUGUGAGAACGGAGGAUCUUGCUUCGCCAACCGAGCAGACGGGUACAUAUGCCUGUGCCCGCUGGGCUACAGGGGACCAAAGUGUGGAGAGAGCUUCUCGCUCUUCCUCCCUCACUUCAGUAAAAGUCUUUUGUCUUACGCGAGCGCCCCCUGGCCACAGUCUUCCCGACAUUACUUGUCAUUUAUGGAGUUUGAGAUCACUUUUCGCCCCAUUUCCCCCGAGGGCACCUUGCUUUACUGUGAAGACUCUCAAAGCAGGGACUUCCUGUCAGUCACUCUGAUGGAUGGUCAUGUGGAGUACCGCUUUGACUGUGGGUCCGGAAGCACUGUCAUCAGGAGUGAGGAGCCUGUGAGCCUGUACAGAUGGCAUGAGGUGCGGGCAUCUAGAACAGCCAGGCGUGGUAUUCUGGAGCUGGACAACCAGGUGCCUGUGGAGGGAAUGACAGAGGGUGCCUUCACACAGGUCAAGUGCACUUCACCCCUUUAUUUUGGAGGAGUGCCAGACUUCACCCACACCAAAAACGCUGCCUCAGUCAAGGUUCCCUUCACUGGGAGCAUUCAGAAGGUGCUUUUGAACGGUCGCGUCGUUCCGCUGACGACGGGCUCCUUAAAGGGCGUGAACGUGGAAAACGCGGAGCAUCCGUGUGUACACAGUCCGUGCGCCAACUCUGGGCUGUGCCAACCUAAGCGGGAUCGUUACGAUUGUGACUGCCCGCUAGGUUAUAAGGGCAAAUACUGCCAACAUGUGUGUGGGAAUGAAUGCAUGCACAUGGUGACAGAGACGGUAGAAAUCCCUCGCUUUACCGGCCGGAGCUACCUCACCUAUGACACCAGAGAGGUCUUACACAGAGUGUCAGGUUCCAGGACACAUGUGCUAAUGCGUUUCCGGAGCACAGCUUUGGAUGGCCUGUUGCUAUGGCGAGGUGACAGCCCCCUGCUACCCAACACUGACUUCAUAUCUCUGGCCUUAAAAGAUGGAGCUCUUCUCUUCAGUUUUAACCUGGGCAGUGGGCCAGUCGUGCUGAAAAUGAAUGGAUCUUUCAGUGAUGGCAGGUGGCACUGGUUGAAAGCACUCAGAGAUGGGCAGACGGGCAGGUUGACGGUAGACGACUCUGACAGCGUUGUGGGAAAAUCGCCUGGGAAAAUGAGACAACUCAACACUAGUGGAUUCCUCUACAUUGGUGGACUGAAGGAGAUAUCACUUCACUCCAGUGGAUGGCACACACGUGGCCUGGUUGGCUGCAUUUCCCAUUUAACUCUUUCCACUAACUAUCAUGUAAGCCUGGUAGAGCAGGCGUCAGAUGGCAGGAACAUAGACACAUGUCUCAGCUGA